UUAUGUAAGUACCACUCCCCGCCAAUCAUGGAAAAUGGACCAGUUUCUUGUUUACCAACAACCCCAAAAAUGUCGAAAGCGAAGAAAGUCAUCGAAGAAGCACUGGAAAAUCAAAAUCCAGAGCUGGAUUUAGCGGAUAAAGGGGUAGUCUCCUUCGAGGAGAUGCCAGGACUCAUUGAUAUGCAUAAUAUUACUCGUAUCACAUUGAGUCACAAUAAAAUACAAAAAGUACCUCCUGGAAUUGCAAAUUUAACCCAAUUAGAAAUGUUAAAUUUAUUUAACAAUCAUAUUGAAGAAUUGCCAGUUUCUCUUUCAUCAAUGCCAAAAUUGCGUAUUUUAAAUGUUGGAAUGAAUCGUUUGGAUUCGUUACCACGAGGUUUUGGAGCAUUUGCAGUUCUUGAAGUAUUGGAUUUAACAUAUAAUAAUUUAAAUGAAUCCAGUUUGCCAGGAAAUUUCUUUAUGUUGGAAACUUUACGUGCAUUAUACUUGGGUGAUAAUGAUUUUGAGACUAUACCACCUGAAAUUGGACAGUUAAAAAAUCUUCAGAUUCUAGUUUUACGAGAAAAUGAUUUAAUUGAUAUACCAAAAGAAAUUGGCUAUUUACCCAGAUUACGGGAGUUACAUAUUCAAGCUAAUCGACUUACAGUUUUGCCACCAGAAUUGGGAAAUUUAGAUCUAUUUGGAAAUAAAUCGGUAUUAAGAAUGGAAUUUAAUCCUUGGGUUGCUCCAAUUGCUGACCAACUUCAAGUUGGAGUAUCGCAUGUAAUUGAUUAUAUUAGAUCUGAAACAUACAGAUAUCUUUACAAUCGCCAUAUUGCUGCUAGGGGACCACCUCCGCCAAAACUUAAUGAUAAAACACGUAAGAUUUCAAGGAACCGUCAAUAUAGUUAACUUGUUUUGUAAAUUGAAAUGAUCAAAAUUAACUUAAGUCUUAACUGGCAUGUAAUAUCCGAAAUGACAAAACAAUCGCCCUUCCUAAAAUAAUUAUAGCCUUUAGGAUUAUGAAAACUAUACAUCGUGCAAUUUUAGUAAAUUGUCGUAAUACACUAAAUACUAAAAUAUAAUUCUCGCACAAUUCAUUUUUUUAAAUUAUGUCAUCCAAUUUUGAAAUGUCAAUUUUUUCGGUCAUUGCGGAAUUGAUUAUUAUGAAUACACUGUCUAUAUAAGGGACUGGAGUUAAACAUUUCGGAGCUUGUUUUUAACAUAUCUAAUCAUUGAUCGAUGUUUUUUUUAAGUUUUUGAUUAACAAUAUAUAUUAUCUAAAUACAUAUUUUAUUUUUUUUAAUCUCAAUGUAAUAUUUUAGGAAGACCAGUAUUAAUUAUUUUAACAAAAAGUCAUCCAUUUAAAUGUUUAUUCUUAUAUAAUAUAUUUUUGAAAAAGUUUUAUAUUGUUAUUACACUCUUUUAUAUAAUUUAUUUUUAGAAUUUAACUGUUAAUGUUUAACGUUAUAAAAUUCGUGUUAUCAUUAUUAUUUUGAAAUAAAAUAGUACACGUUUAUGAGCU